AUGGCGAAAGAAACUGCUCAGUCGUCCAUAAUGACCCCAAGACAGCCUCAAGCUACAACAGAUGCUCCUGGUCGCAGUCUCCUUCAGACAUCUAUUGUUAUGUCAUGUCUUUGUGCCGGAACAUUUGUAGCUGCCUUAGAUGCCACUAUCGUCACUACUUCUCUGCCUUCUAUUGCUGGCCAUUUCCACUCAGCUUCAGGAUACACUUGGAUCGGCAGUGCCUACAUACUGGCCAACACAGCUUCCGUUCCCUCGUGGGGUAAGCUGUCCGACAUAUGGGGAAGAAAUCCGCUUCUGCUUUGUGGAAAUGCGAUCUUUUUUGCAGGAAGUUUGAUCUGCUCCGUAGCCAACACGAUGGCAUUAUUUUUAUUUGGCCGUGUUAUGCAAGGUCUGGGCGCGGCAGCGCUGAUGACAUUGGUCAAUAUUUGUGUCUGUGACUUAUUUUCUCUGAGGGACCGAGGCCUAUAUUUUGGUCUUCUGUCCGUAGACUGGGCUUUAGCUAGCGGCAUUGGUCCCAUCUUAGGUGGUGUGUUAUCGGAGAAAGCAACCUGGCGGUGGUGCUUCUGGAUCAACUUACCAAUCACCGGUCUUGCAUUCCUAUUAUUAUGGUUGGCCCUGAAACUCGACAACCCACAUACACCAAUCUUGGACGGUCUCAAGGCCGUCGACUGGAUCGGCUCAUUGUUCGUAACCGGUAGCAGCAUCAUGCUACUCCUCGCUCUAGACUUCGGCGGCGUCACACACCCGUGGGACUCAGCGACAGUCAUCUGCCUAAUCAUCUUCAGCAUUGUAGUCCUGAGUCUAUUCGCCCUAAACGAAUGGAAACUCGCCAAAUACCCAGUAAUACCACUAAUCCUCUUCCAACAUCGGUCCGGGAUCGCUGCCUUCGUCGUCUGUUUCUGCCAUGGAUUUAUCUUCAUGGGCGAGGCAUACUACCUACCGCUAUACUUCCAAGCCGUCCUUGGUGCCAGCCCAAUCAUGUCCGGUGUCUAUCUGUUAGCCUUCGUUAUCGCCAGCACAUUCUCAGGAGCCUUCACGGGACUCUUUAUCCAGAGAACAGGCCAAUACAUUCACUUGAUGUGGCUCGGUCUUGGCCUGUUAACCCUCGGAGUGGGACUCCUCAUCAACCUAGAAGCAACAGCCAACUGGGGCAAGAUCAUCGGAUUCCAGAUCAUCUCGGGUACAGGGGUAGGCAUGAACUUCGAAGGGCCACUGCUCGCACUACAGGCUAUUGUCGGCGUCGAGAACACCGCAACAGCCACCGCUACAAUCGGGUUCGUGCGAACUAUGUCAACAGCGAUCUCGGUGAUUAUCGGAGGAGUCGUGUUCCAGAACCAGAUGGUGAGGGAAGGUCCUAAGCUCGUGCAAUCUCUGGGUGAUAAACUCGCUGGUCAGUUUGGAGGCGCGAAUGUUACGGCCAAUAUACUGCUGAUUGGGACGCUUCCGUCGGACCAGAGAGAGGUGGUCCGGCAGGCGGUGUUUGGUUCGUUGCGGACUACAUGGAUUUUGUAUGUUGCUUUUGCGGGGGUGAGUCUUGUUGCUGGGCUCUUUGUUGGUGCUCAUCAUCUCUCAGAGGAGCAUGAGGUGGCUGUUUUGGGGCUGCAUGGCCAGAGCAGUGACUCGUCGGAGGAUACGCCUAACGAUACAGCAGCUACUCGGGCUAUUGAGAUGCAGUAA